UAGUCUGUUUGAACUUAGAGUGGUUCAUGUAGUGCAAUAAUACAGAUUGACAACACAGAGAUCAGAGAAGGCUUAGGGUGAACAAGGCCAGUCGUAAGUUGAACACCAACCCAAAAGACACGUGACACCACAUAUGACACUGCACACCCAAUGAUAUUGUGUAUAUUUAUCCCAUUUCACUGAAUGUAAUUAUAGUAAUGCUGUUUUUAGACUAUAGUCUUUCGGUGCCCAGAGACGCUUGCGUUGAAUGCAGUGCUGGAAACGCAUCCCGUUCACUUUACAUGGGCUUACGUCAUCCUUUGCCCAAGUGAAUUGUAGUUCCGUUGCGUUGCUUUGCUCCUGUCGCCUUCGUCAAAAAGUUAAUAAAUUUUCAACUUUUGCUGCACCAACGGACAGCAAUCUAAGGCACCAGCCAAUCAAAUUACGGUUAUGCUUAAAGGCGUACACCAUAGUGCACACCCCCGACUGUCAGGAAAACCCACUGGCAUGCAGUAACGCAAGGCAAGCGUGUGAAUCUAGCCUUAGUAUCGUAGUGGCGCAUUGGUUGUAUGCAAUGUACAUUAUACAUUGGACAUUAUAUGUCAUUAACCGAAACUACACUAAUCUCAAUAACAGUGGCAGAGGAUAGAACAUAUUACAAGCAGUGUAUAGAUCUAGAAUAGGAAUAAAUCUAACAAGUCACAAUUUUGACAGCCUCAACAGUUAGUGGUAGUGUCUUGCUUUGUUAUCAGUUAUUAAGUUCUUGAGAGAACCACACAAAGUCUUUUAAACUUAUGGUCAGUAUCAGUUGAGAUGUGCUGCUUCUGCUGCCUGUCAUUGGCUUCCUGAGUUCAGUGGAGUGAGGAGAAGAGUGAGGAUCAGGAGGGCUCCACUGAAAAGACAUUACCACAGACGCAGAAAGUGAAGAAAGGCCGGAGGGAACGUCAUGAGGCUGAGAAGAAGGUGGAGUCUACCGCCGCGUCAGGUCUGCCGCCACCGCCUCCUCCGUUAGAGGAGUCAGCGGGUGGGGUGCUUCCUGGGAAAUCGGAGCCAAUGGACCCUUCCGGCAGAGCCAGCUCCGAAGCCCCAGAACCCUCCACGAAGCAACGGCGGUCCAUCAUCCGGGAUCGUGGGCCGCUGUACGACGACCCCUCGCUACCACAGGGCUGGACGCGUAAACUCAAACAGCGCAAAUCAGGCCGGUCCGCCGGCAAGUAUGACGUCUACCUAAUCAACCCAGAGGGUAAGGCAUUCCGUUCCAAAGUGGAGUUAAUGGCGUACUUCCAAAAAGUUGGGGAUGCCACCACAGACCCCAAUGACUUUGACUUUACUGUCACCGGUCGAGGGAGCCCCUCCCGACGUGAAAAAAAGCCUCCAAAGAAACCCAAGGUGGUGAAGCCAUCGGGAAGGGGACGGGGUCGCCCCAAAGGUAGCGGCAAGCUGCGACAAGUCACAGAAGGGGUGGCCGUCAAGCGCGUUGUGGAAAAGAGUCCUGGAAAACUGUUAGUCAAGAUGCCCUUUGGAGCAGCCAAAGCAGAGGCCACUACCUCAGGGCUCAUCGCCGUCACCAAAAUGCGGCCGGGGCGGAAACGCAAGUCCGAAACGGAGCAACAGACCGCACCGAAGAAACGCGGCCGCAAGCCUGCGUCCGCGACUGUGGGCGGAACAAGUUCAGGCAUGUCAUACGCUGCGGCGGCCAUCCUCUCGGCCGAGGCAAAGAAAAAAGCCCAGAAGGAGUCUUCCAUGAAGCCGGUGCAGGAGCGAGCACUGCCCAUCAAGAAGCGCAAGACGAGAGAAACCAUUGAGGGGGCCGAGAGCCCUGGCCCUGCCACCUCAGAGACUGGCACAGGGGCUGGGACUGGGACUGGGGUGACGAAGAAGAGCAGCGGUCCGACAACAGCGACGACCACAGCAGAGGGAGGAGAGGAGGCAGAGCACGGGCGACUUCCCAAGAGUCCGGGGAGGAAGCACAAGGACGUCCCUCAGGACACCGGUAACGGAGCCAGCGGGAGCAGCAGCGGCACUGGCCCUGGCACCGGGUCUGGCACCGGAUCUGGUACCGGGUCUGGCAGCGGCAAAAUGACCCUGAAGAAGAAAGACCGCGGAGGCCAGCAGUUGAAGCACCACCAUCUCCACCACCAACACCCGCACCAACAGGACCCGCUACUGGAGCAGCAGAUCGCCUCCUUCUCUCCACAGGCGCACCAGCUCUCCCUUGGCCACAGCACGCAGGGGGGCCCUCCAGCCUACCUGGAGAGCGAGCCUCAGGACCUGAGCACGACCACGCGGAUGAGGCAGGAAGUAAUGACCUGUCAAGCGGAGACCCGAACCGGAAGUUGUGCCUCCAAAACAACGCAGGUGGUCACGUCCGACCUAAAAGGCAAGCACCAGGCCAGCGAGGCCGGGGAGGUGAGGGAGCUGAAAGACAUUGUGCCCCCCUCCGCAGUGCCCAGACCGAGCAGGGAGGAGACAGUGGAAUCCAGGACACCAGUGAGUGAGAGAGUAAGCUGACUGACUGAGCAGCGCUGUGUUUGGGGAAAGAGUGGAUGGCAGAUGAGAAAGGAGGAUUUUUUUUUCGAUUUCAUUUUCCAAAAAAAAAAAAAAAGAAACAAACAUGAUGGCGACAAAAAAAAAUCUAAACAAAACACACAUACACACACACACAAACACAUAACCCACACAACCCACACGAACACAAAAUGUAUACGUACUUAAACUAAAAGGCAGCUGAUAUGACAUGUUCUCUCUGUGGGUUGGGCAGUUUGAUAUAACAAAAAAACAUUGCUUCCUGGUUAGAAAUUCCAACUUUUAAGAAAUGGCUCCUGUGUUUGUUUUUUGUAGUUGUUUUUUGUACAGUCACGUAUCAUCCCACAUCUAAACCAUUACCAAAGCUCUUCUCAAGGCUUCAAGGUAAUGACAAGCGUUCACAUCAGUAUCUGGCCAUAUUUUAAUACUACACGCCCCUCUUGGCUUAAUCAACCGUAAUCACUUUUUCCUUGUUUCACUGCAGUCAGUGGGUAUGUAAAACGUGAACUGUAGGUGUUCCACUUUACUUAGAGCGCUAUAGGCCUAGCUGCUUUUUACCUAGACAUCAAAUGUUGUUCCUCACCCAUAGGUUUUAACUGAGAAAGAUGAUUGAAAGAUGACUGAUAAGAACUUAAGUUGAAGUGCUGUUCAGAGAUAUCUGAUGGCAAAUGUGUAUUUAUGGUGAUAGAUUAGUCAUUUGAGGUCAGGUAUUUCUGUUUUCGACAUGAAGGUCUAACCAUAUCAUCCUUUCACAAGGAUGCAUCUGCAGUGGACAGGAGAGGCUUUUCUUUUUAAAGUAUCAGAAGAUGGUCAUGUUCAGGCUGGCAUAAGAGCAUGGCACUUUUCUCUCUUGUUUUCCUUAUUGUCUGAUGCAUAGGAGGCUAAAGCACAAACAAGAGAAAAUCUUUGGAAGCACAGUCUAGAUACUCUCCCCCCUCGGAAAUGAGCAGUAGGCUAAACGUGCUUGCCCACAAAUUUAACCCUGAACCAUAAACCCCCGGCACUCUGGGUUUUUUUUUUGUCUAUUAUCAGUCAUCCUGGUUAAAAAAAAACAAAAAAAAUCAGCAGCACUUUGCAUUAUGGAACAAUGUUAUGGAACAGAAGACGUAAACAAAGCUCUAUCCAAAGCUUUUGCCAGCAUGUCACAAAUUAGUGUGCUUUGUCAUUAAUGUAUGGGGUGGGAUAGACUCGAUAGAUAGUUGGCUCUUUGUGAAGUCUUUCUCUGAUGGCUUUAUGCCAGGUCCAUUUCAACCAUAAUGUUGCAAAAUAGAGUAGAAUGUGUAUCUAUUUUCAAAUAAUUUAUACCUAAAUGAUUGCCUAACUUUUUCAAGCCAAUGUAGUGCUUAUGACUAUUAAUCCAGUACGCUGGUACCAUGAGAUAUUCCUUGACUGAAAAUCAACAUAAAUUCUGGUUCAAGUUGAGAGAGAUUUACUGAUUCCUGCACAGAAUUUCAAGCUGUGAAGAUGAUUUCUUCCACAAAAUGAACAUCAGUAGAGGAAUACAGUUCAAGGAAGCUAUUCGUUUAGUCAAGGGGGUUUGUUUAUUGAAGAACGUAAUAACCCUAGACAGCAUAUGUAAAUUAAACCUGAUUUCAUUGCAGAAGAAAUGCACCUUAUUUUUAUGAUGGUUAAACUUGGUUCAACUUGUUGUGAAAAACAAAUGGGUUCUAUCAAGACCAAGCAGAGCUGAGGCCCUUUCCCACCGUACGCAGACAAUCUGUUGGUUUACCUAACGUGACAUGGCUCUGAUUUCCCUUUCAUGUCCGGAGGUUGGGACUGUAACAAAACCCAAGGAAUUUGGAAACAGGUUAACAGUUAUUCCAAAAUAUGUUUUCUGCACAGUGCAACACAGACUAUCUUGCACUGGGCUAGCAUACUACUAUCAACUUAUUGUAGAAUUGUUCGUGUCCAAAAUUAGACUGGUGUACAGUCUCUAAAAGCCUUUCCCACUUAUAAAAACCCAUAUUACCGUGGGUAAUUGCACACUGGUUGUGUAAUUGUUUGAAGUAAUGAAAAUGCACAGUUGCCUGAAGACAUUAAUCAAGGUAUAUAUUUUUUAAAGAUAAUUAGGCCUAAAUGUUCUGUUUUGGACAUAGUGAGUAUAUAUGCACACUCCAUUAAAUAGAAAUGACAUAGUCCUUCAGUACAGACUGAAUACCAAAACCCCUUGCAAGUUACGACAGACCUGUUAUAACCGCACAAGAUGUGCUGAUUCAGUGCUGCAGAUGCAACAUUUUUCACAUUUGCAUGUGAAUACACAGAUCUCUUGAUCUUUUCUAUUAAGUGUUAAGUUGUAUGUAAAAUAUAUACAAUUUUCACUCGUAUCAUACAUUUACAUCUACACAUGUUGAUCUUAUGACUAGUGACAAUCACUAAGAAUUUAGUUUGGCAAAACAAAAAUGUUGCCUUUUUUGCUUUUGUUUUAAUACGCUCUCACUGUUGCAUAAUGUGGAAAAAAAAGCCUUGAAAGGUAAAACAAAAUAGAUUGCCUCAUCCUCCACUUGCUUUCCCCUCUUUCUCGACCCCAACAAGUGGGACGGGACAUGGAGAAAAAUUGAGCAUCUCUGCUCAAAAAACAAGGGCUACGUCAUAUUUUCAACCUGGCAAAAUGGUAGUGGUAGCAAAAAAUUACAGCAAAGUAAGAAAGAUCUGAGAAACAGCCGAGAACAUUUAUGGUAUCACACCAUUACAAAUGACUUUGAUAAGGAAAAGGGGAACUUGACCGUUUUUGUCUCACUUUUGUAUUCCGCAUCAGAAUUCAACAUUUUAGUACCUGAGGCAGACAACCUGACUGAAAUGUUGGGCGUUGUCUCGUACAACUGACUGACCUGGAGGGGGAAGCCAGGGGAGGAUGUGGGUAGCUACUGUUCACUCGGUGAAGCAAACAAAUACAACAAGUUGGUCACAAAGGUGACUAAUAUCAAUACUGUCAGAUUUGUGCAACAUGACAUUCAGUUAGGGAAAGUAUGUCACAUGAAAUAUUAAAGCAAAAGAGCAUAGCCUUGCAAAACCUCCAGACAUGAACUGCAAGUGUUAUGCGUUCCGGAAAAAAGUCUACAAACUGCACUGUUGACUUUAGGAAACCAACAAAAGCUGCAUCCAUAUGAAAUCAGUGGGCUGGCUGCAACAGAAAGGGUAGUGCCUUGCUAUAGAGAUUGACUUAUGUGAUUAGAAGUGGCCUUCGAUGAAAAUACUUAUCUUUCAACCCAAUAAAGACAAAAAAAUCUGUAGUGUACUGAUUGAUCAUUUUUAAAUGUGGGAUCUUGCAUUGCCAACUACUGAAAAUAUAAUUUUGGUCAGUAACAGGUUGUUUGUGAAUGGUUUGUGAAUUAUAUAACCUGAUAUCCUUUUAUUUUCCUUGUGAUACUUUUGUAUGCUUGAGGCCCUUUGUCAUACACAGGGCAGCAAGUAAGAACCACACUCAUGAGACUGUUUCAUGAGCCUCUGGCCAUGGGAUAUGCUAUCUAUGGAAUGUCAUUGUGUUUCCCUUCACUCCAAAUACAUGCUAUAUAAUGUAUGUGCACAUGUAUCUGUAUGCAUGAGUACCACUAGCGAAUAGGACAUUGCUUGCCCUAUGAUGUUCUAAUUCUUUGAGGAACCAUACCCCAUUCAAAAGCUCUGGUCUCACCGAAAUGGACUGGUUAUUUAGCUUAUCAUAGAAGUAGGAAUUUUUACAUUCAGCAGUUGUAAACAAAAGGCUAUGAGCAUGUGUGCUGAUGUGUAGUUAUACAGAUGAAUUUGAUCAUUUGUAUUGAAGGUAAACAUACAAUUUAAGAUCAACACUGAUGGAACAUUACAAAAAAGUAAAACAGUCCUAUUGGAGUUUUUUUUUUUCUGUGCCCACCACAGUAGAUUGUUUCAAGGAUUAGAUAUAAGUAAGCUUUUGUUUGUUGAUUUUUAUGUUUUUCUUUUAGAUAUAAAUCAUACACUCAUAUUGGGGAUAUGAAGUUAUUCAAUUAUUUCCCCCUUCCAAGCAAUAGUGUACUGAGUAGAUCUGUUUUUGAUUUACCCAUUACUUUAUACAUGCUGAGGUUUAAUAGGCUGUUGUAUGGUAUGUGUUGUAUGAAAAGUGCAAAAACAUUUUAUGUUAUAUUUCCUGAUUAAUUGAGACUAACCAAUUUAACUGAAGUAAACUACUUGACAUCAAAACUAAUGUAAGGAAUGCCCAUUUGGGAUCAAGUAGAACACAAAUUAACCAGAAGCUGUUGACUCCAGAGGUUCAGGAGUGAGAGGUUUAUGGUGGAUUUAACAUAGUCUUGUGCCUUGAAGUUUAAGUAAUAGAACUUAUCUUUAUACUGUAGUUGUAUUUUUAUUCUGAGUCCUGUGUUUGCCUCUUGUUGGUCUUCAAUGCUUUGGGUGUUCUAGGGAUUUGUAGAGAUCAACCAUAUGUUUGCCUACUAUUAUGUUUCACAAUGGCAUAAUUAAGGUGAAAGGUAUUGGGGCAAUAAUGACAUUGUCAUAAAACAAAAGACAUCUACUUGGUAAUCAUUUAAGGUUGUACAUUUAAGCCACUGGACAAUAUUUGGGUGUAGUGAGAUGUCUCCAUCUUAGAAGAACAUCAAGAAAUUGGCCCACAGCUUGGCUUACAUGGUAUCUUCCAACUCUUGACUUCAAAAUAGGAGAGAAUGACAGAAAUGAGUUCUCCAGCCAUGACCAUUCUGACAAUGAGUUUAAUAUCUGCACUUUAUAAAGUAUGUUGCGUGGCAGGACAUCCAUUACCCUUUUGUAUGUAUUUUUUACCUUUGUCCAAAGUUGUUGUUUUAUUUUCGUAUUUUUAAUUUAGAGGGAAAAGGGAUGAAAAGUUCUAUAUCAACAAAUUUAUUUUAACAAAACAAUCCUAUUAUAGGUGUCAGUGGUUACUCACCAUUUGCCAAGCUAAGUCCUUGCCUUCCUGAAAGUGAAAAGUAUAGUUUGUGUCUACUUUUAUAGUACUGUGUUACUGUAUUAUUUGUUUGCCGUAUGUAACUGAAACAAAAUAGUAAACAACAUUUACCUGC